GAGCCGCGGCCUCAGAGCAGCUGCAGCCGGAGCGCGGCCGCCACCGCCACCAUGGUGCAGAUCGUGAGCGUGAAGACCCAGGCCUACCCGGACCAGAAGCCGGGCACGAGCGGGCUGCGGAAGCGGGUGAAGGUGUUCCAGAGCAGCGCCCACUACGCCGAGAACUUCAUCCAGAGCAUCAUCUCCACGGUGGAGCCGGCGCUGCGGCAGGAGGCCACGCUGGUGGUGGGCGGGGACGGCCGCUUCUACAUGACCGAGGCCAUCCAGCUCAUCGUGCGCAUCGCCGCCGCCAACGGGAUUGGCCGCCUGGUUAUUGGACAAAAUGGAAUCCUCUCUACCCCUGCUGUAUCCUGCAUCAUCCGAAAAAUCAAAGCUAUUGGUGGGAUCAUUCUGACAGCCAGCCACAACCCAGGAGGGCCUGAUGGAGAUUUUGGAAUCAAAUUCAAUAUUUCGAAUGGAGGUCCUGCUCCAGAAGUGAUCACCGAUAAAAUUUUCCAACUCAGCAAGACAAUUGAAGAAUAUGCAAUUUGCCCCGACCUGAAAGUGGACCUUAGUGUUCUAGGAAAACAACAGUUUGACCUAGAAAACAAGUUCAAGCCCUUCACAGUGGAAAUCGUGGAUUCAGUGGAAGCUUAUGCUACAAUGCUAAGAAACAUCUUCGAUUUCAGUGCAUUGAAAGAGCUACUUUCUGGUCCAAAUCGACUGAAGAUCCGUAUAGAUGCUAUGCAUGGAGUUGUGGGGCCAUAUGUGAAGAAGAUCCUCUGUGAAGAACUUGGAGCCCCUGCAAACUCAGCAGUUAAUUGUGUUCCCCUGGAAGACUUUGGGGGCCACCACCCUGACCCCAACCUCACCUAUGCAGCUGAUCUGGUGGAGACUAUGAAGUCAGGAGAGCAUGACUUUGGGGCUGCCUUUGAUGGAGAUGGGGAUCGGAACAUGAUUCUGGGCAAGCAUGGUUUCUUUGUGAACCCUUCGGACUCUGUGGCUGUCAUCGCUGCCAAUAUCUUCAGCAUUCCGUAUUUCCAACAGACCGGAGUCCGUGGCUUUGCCCGCAGCAUGCCUACAAGUGGUGCUCUAGAUCGGGUAGCAAGUGCUACAAAGAUUGCUUUGUAUGAGACCCCAACUGGCUGGAAGUUUUUUGGGAACUUGAUGGAUGCAAGCAAACUGUCCCUUUGUGGAGAGGAGAGCUUCGGGACUGGUUCUGAUCAUAUCCGAGAGAAAGAUGGACUGUGGGCUGUUCUUGCCUGGCUCUCCAUCCUUGCCACCCGCAAGCAGAGUGUAGAGGACAUUCUCAAAGAUCACUGGCAGAAGUUUGGCCGGAACUUCUUUACCAGGUAUGAUUACGAGGAGGUAGAAGCCGAGGGUGCAAACAGGAUGAUGAAGGACCUGGAGGCCCUGAUGUUUGAUCGCUCUUUUGUGGGGAAGCAGUUUUCUGCAAAUGACAAGGUCUAUACUGUGGAGAAAGCUGACAACUUUGAAUAUAGUGAUCCAGUGGAUGGAAGCAUUUCAAGAAAUCAGGGCUUGCGGCUCAUUUUUGCAGAUGGUUCUCGUAUCAUCUUCCGACUGAGUGGCACCGGGAGUGCAGGGGCCACCAUCCGACUGUACAUUGAUAGCUAUGAGAAAGACAUCGCCAAGAUCAACCAGGACCCUCAGGUCAUGUUGGCCCCCCUUAUUUCCAUUGCUCUGAAGGUGUCCCAGCUCCAAGAGAGAACAGGACGGACUGCACCCACCGUCAUCACCUAGGAAGGCAGCCGGAUGUGGUACGUCUUCUAAUCAGGAGCCAUCCACACCAUCUGAUCGAAGAGCAUAGAGAGAAAGAAAUUGUAUUUGCCCAGGCUUUUUAGAAUUUCAUUUUUCCUCUCCCCAGUUGUUAGCGAGUAGCACGUUUGAAGGAUACUGCCUGUGGAACUGAGUGAGGAGGGAAGGAGGGCCUGUGGCCUCAUAGUAACGUCUCUUUCUUCUCUUCCACUUCUGCACUGCCUCUGUGUGGGUGUUUGUCUCCUUAGCAUCAGGUCUGCUCUCACUGCAGCCUAGACUGCAGCUGAUGUCAGCAAGUAAGGUAGUCUAUCAUCCUUAUGCUACACCCACAAAAUGACAAUCAACUUCCUUUCUCCCCAUUUACUGUUUACAUGUCAUUCAACAAAACAUAGUUUCUGGUGCCUUCUCUCCAAUCAGUUUUCCUCUGAGAGACGUACUUGUCUACAGAUUUCUGUGUUACUUUGCAACAUAGUCCCAUUUGCACAGAUAUUUGGGGAUAUUAAAGCUGAAUAGGCUACCAUG